AUUUUUUGCUGAUGAGGUGUUGUCUGUCAAAAUUUAGAAAUGUCAAAUUUUAAAUAUUUGUUUUGCCUAUAUAAUUUUAACUAUUAUUAUAAGUAAUGUUUAUUUGGUACAGAUCGUCACUGGCGUUAAUAUGAUUUGUAAAAUAGUAUAUAAAGUAGUAAAUAAAUAAUGGAUUGGUUACGCAACAACUCAUUUCGAAGUCUAACCCGACAACCACCUAGAAGUCUACUGAACACCACUGCAGAAUGUGAUCGAACUGCGUGCUAUGACAGCUUUAAAGAGCACUGGUCGCAAGCUUUUAAAAUUAUCCAAAGGAGUCAACAAUUGCCUACGCACGAUGACGUACUGGGGGUUGUCAAUUACCUUGAACAAAUGGUUACGUUAUUACUAUUGGAUACCAAAGAAGUGGACCAAAUAACAAUACCCGUUUCUAAUUCGUCACAGUGCUUAGAACAUCUAAUUAGUGAGAACAUUUUAGACAAACUGUUUGAAUGGGGUAUACGAACGGGAAAGUAUACGAAUGCUGUUCGAAUGGAGCAAUUAAAGCUGUAUGAAAUGCUACUCACCCAAUCGAGGCACUUGCUUUUGGUGCACGAACCCUUCCUACGACCUUUGUUGAAACUUCUUCAAUCUUGCCAAGAUGAGGUGUUCUCGAAGGAAAUCGAAAAGCAGUUGGUCAGCCUGCUUUACCAACUCUGCGUCCUUUUGAUGCAGAAUGUCGAUCUAUUGGACUUGUUUUUUUCGAAGGAGCAAAACAAAUCGAAAUUCAUAAUCUUCUCGUUAUUAAUUUCCUUCGUUCAUCGAGAAGAUUCGGUCGGAAUGCAAGCCAGAGAUGCUUUGCUGCUGUGUAUGUCAUUGUCGAAGAAAAAUAAAAAUGUAGCCGCCUACAUAUUGGAGCAUUCCAAUCUUUGCGUACUACUCGCCACCGGCCUUAGUGCGUUGUAUUCAAUUUUGCCGCAUGUGCUGCAGGAUGUAGUUGCACCUGACUGGCAUCGAUUGACACCCGACGAUGUUAAUGAUAUUAAGGAUUUAUCGACGUUUGUUACUUCACUGGAAUUUGCAAAUGCCGUAGCGCAAGUUGCCCACCCACAUAUUCGAAGGCAACUUCAGGAAUUUUUGUAUAGGGGGUUUUUAAUUCCCGUUUUGGGACCAGCCUUACUUCAAGCAAGCGUUGGCGAAAAAGUGGCUGCUACUACGUAUUUAGAAUUGAUUUUACGUACUGUAACGCAUCCGGGGCUGCUGUAUCCCCUGCUGCAAUUCCUAAUACAGCAACAAUACGAUGGACAUAGGCUCCUGCAUAUAUUAAUACAACGAAUUUCUGCCGAGGAUGAUUUGUGUCUAGUUACAAUCGCUCUCUUUGAAACCAUGGUAGAGAUUAAUUGCGAAGAUUUAAUGCUGGAAUUGGUGUUUCAAUACUUGCAACCGUGUCUUCAUUUGAUGUUGUCGCAAAGGCAAAAAUUAUUACCUCUCGAUCCGCACUGCCAUAGCUUCGAAAAAUUCUUACAUUUAGCGCCUUCUUGUUGCGAUCCAGCGGGGCUAUCUCCCAAAGUGGAUACACGAAAUAUUCAUUGGAAUCACUAUGGAAGCCAACAGAGUUUAUACGGAAAUUACCAUGCCUAUUUAUGCGACGCUAGAAAUAAAAUCGCCGCUUGUCAACUGGCCUGUUCCCAUUGGAGCAAUUCUUACACCGGAUGCGAUUCCACUGUAACACAAGAUACCAAUUUGUCAGUAGAGAGUCCAAACAGCCUACCGUCGUUAGGAGAGAGUAGUGGCUAUGAAAGUUUGAAAAUUAAGCUGGACGACGCAAUAGAAGAUCUUCCCUCGUGGCAAAUAUCUCAAAAUGAAACAGCGAGCAAUAAACAGUGCAAUUUAAAUGAGCAUUUGAACGAAAAUGGAGACCAACUGUGCACGUCCAGUACGGCGGGUCCCUUCAUAACGGUCGUAUUAGACAAAUUGAAUACAAUGAUAUCUAAUACUUUGUACGUUAAUCUCCAUCUAACGGGUCUAAUUUCGAGGUUGGCAGUGUACUCGCAACCGUUGCUUCGAACAUACUUGUUAGAUCAUAGCUUAGUUCUCCAGCCAGAUGUGCCGUCCUUAUUCCAGAUUAUUGGAGCAACGAAACAGAAGAUAGACGAAUACAUGAACCGGCAGACUGAUAGCAAAUCAUUGAUAAAGCAGGCGAGAUCUUUCCUACAGGAACGCGAAACUCGAUUAGUUAAUGCACGACGAAGCGCUCUGGAAUCGAAAAACUUGGCGGCCACGACAACGACUGCCGACACGUUUGAGCCUUUCCAGAGGAACGGACCUAAGCGCCGCAGUUUUACCUCACCUUUAUCAUCCUUUUCGAAUAUGUUUACCAGACGAGUGAGCCAUACUGAGACGAGCAUACAGCUAGUGUCGCCAUCUGAAGAUACCGCAUACACCCAACUAAAAUUUAACGAACCCCAACAGGUCGCGCUGUGCGCCGUUGUCUUAGACGAGUGGGUGAAGGAACUUGCCGCGUUAGCUCAAGAGCAUACGAUUGCCCAAUUAAGCGCAUUAUUUAAAUGAUUAUUUCCAUAUUGUUUUAUUCAAUUCUAUCGAAUAUCUUAACCUCGAGUUCUGGAAAGUGGGUCCUUUUACUAAAAAAAAGACCAGUUAACCGUAUUUUAUUGAUAUUAGAGCCAAUUCCAUGCGAUGUACUGAUUAGGCCUACUCUAAUAAAACAAUGUCAUAGUAAUACAUAGGAUGUCUUAAUUUAACUGAUGCAAAUUAAUUUGAAUCCCGUUUUUAUUAUCAAAACGAUAUACCUCAUUAGUAUAGAGUGGAACAUAGACAAUCUGAGUGUAAGUACAUUGCGUGAAAUCGGCUCAAGUAGUCGUGUUAUUCUCAUUUGUUAUUUACGCUCUUCCAUUACAAGUAGAAUCUAUAGUCCUACGCCGGCUCGUAAACGGUACUGUGUAUCACUGCAUUGCUAAACGUAUGUGUAUUUUUCGUUACACACUCAUUCAUUUUUUUUUGUUUAUACAAAGGCAACCUUUGCAUGAGCCGAAAGUAAAUGGGCUCAAGUGUUCUUGUGAUAAUAGAACGUGCAUUUACAUUAAUUGCGGUAAUGUCGGUACCUGUCACCAAGUUCGGAUAAACCACUAACUAUAGCAAACGUCAGUUUGCACUACACAAUCUCAAUAAAAUAAACGGUAUUGUCCAUUUAGUCAAUUACUAUAAAUGCAAAAGCGAGUUUUUACAGUUUUAAUGGAAUUGGUUUCUUUUUUUCAUUUCUUUUAUUUCUUGUAGCUACUUUAGCUAACAAUUAAGAUUUUUUUGUGAUGCAGUUGUUUUAUAUAUUUGUUUUGAAUGUUAGGAGUGUUUUAGCCAAGAAUUGUAUAUAAAUAAUAUCUGUGAUGACUUUAGUAAAAUUAUCAAAUUUUUUAUUUAUGUUGUAUUUAUAGUUAUGCAAUUUCCUUUGUGAAUAUUUAUGUUAUACUAAUGUUUAUUCCGUCAGGUACAAAAUUUACCAUAGGUUUUAAGUAACGAAAGUAUAAAAUAUGUAUGUAUAUUUUAAUAACUGUCAAGUAAUAUGUACCCACUGUCUGCCGUAAAAAUAUUUUAUACAUAUCGUCGAGCAUUAAUAUACUUUUUACUUCUUUUAUACUAACUCUCUUUAAAAAUUAGCUUUCAUGGUUUUUAGUGUUUGUAUUGAGUUAUUGUAAACAAUAUCUUAAAUAUAUCACAUCCAUUACUUAUGUUUUUAGUAAUAAUAAUAAAUUGUAUUUUUAUUA